AUCCAAAGACAAAAGAGAAAAUUCCCUGCGAAAGAUAAAAACAGAAAAAGAAAGGAAAACCCAAAGCAGUAGGGAAAAGAGAGAGAGAGAGAGAGAGAGAGAGAGAUGGGACAGGAAGAGGAAGAGAUGGCAGUAGCAGAAGAAGAAGAAGAAGAAGCAGCUGCUGCUGCUGCAGCGAAGCAAAGGAAAGAGGAGGAGAUUUGGAGCCAAAGAAAGCAGACCCAAAUACUUGAAAUUUCUUCGAAGCUCAUCCAUGGUGAUCUGGAUGCCAAGAUACAAGCAGCGAGGGAUAUUAGGAAGCUAGUCAGAAGGCCUUCUUCUUCGUCUUCUUCAUCUUCUUCUUCUUCUUGUUCUUCUUCGUCUUCUUCAUCUUCAUCUUCUUCUUCGUUUUCGUUUUCGUCUGUGAAGACCCGCUCGAAGUUGGGUGCGGCGGGUGUGAUUCAGCCACUGGUUUCGAUGCUCGUUUCGUCUAACCCUGAUGCCCGCGAAGCCUCUCUCCUCGCUCUUCUCAAUCUCGCCGCCCGAAACGAAAGGAACAAGAUCAAGAUUGUGUCAGAGGGGGCCAUUCCCCACCUUGUAGAGCUACUGAAGUUCCAAACCAGUAGUUUAAGGGAACUAGCUACUGCAGCAAUCUUAACCCUCUCAACUGCUGCAUCCAACAGGCCAGCGAUUGCAGCAUCUGGAGCUGCACCUCUUCUGGUUCAGAUCCUUAGCUCUGGUAGUCUUCAAGGAAAAGUUGACGCCGUGACAGCUCUACAUAAUCUCUCUACCUGCAAAGAGAAUUCAAUUCCACUUAUUGAUGCUAGAGCGGUUCCACCUCUUAUCAACCUCCUCAAAGAAUGCAAGAAGUAUUCCAAAUUUGCUGAAAAAACUACAGCCUUACUUGAAAUACUUUCUAAUUCUGAAGAAGGGAGAACUGCAAUUUCAAACGCAGAUGGUGGGAUACUGACAUUAGUAGAGACCGUUGAAGAUGGAUCCCUUGUCAGCACUGAACAUGCAGUUGGAGCUUUGCUUUCUUUAUGUCAGAGCUGCCGUGAUAAAUACAGGGAACUCAUUCUAAAAGAAGGUGCAAUCCCAGGUCUUCUGAGGCUGACAGUAGAGGGCACAGCUGAAGCCCAGGAGAGAGCUCGCACACUUUUGGAUUUGCUUAGAGAUUCGCCUCAGGAAAAGGGAUUAGCAUCAUCGGUUCUGGAGAGAAUUGUUUAUGACAUUGCUGCAAGAGUUGAUGGAGCAGAUAAAGCUGCUGAAACUGCAAAGAGGUUACUGCAAGACAUGGUUCAAAGAAGUAUGGAGCAUAGCAUGAGACGCAUCCAGCAUAGAGCUGCAUCCUGCACCCCUUCCAAAAUUCCAUCCACGUGAUUGACGAGACAUGAGAAACUGGAGAUUAGAGUCUUAAUCUGAAUCCCAGUUUUGUUUGGCCAGUUGAAACUCUAAUCUCAUCUAAAAUUACCACACAAAAUGUGCAGAAAUGACUGGAGUCAACUUCUUAGAGGGAAGAACUUGCUUUUGGGGCAUGUAUGUAUAUAUUAAAAAAAAAAAAAAAAAAAAUCUUUCUAAUGCUAAUUUACAUGUACAUUGCUUUUGAUCACAAUUUCAGAAGAGUGAUCUUACCAAGUUACCACUUCAAUUAUCUACUUUCUACCAAGUAUAAAGAUUUUUUGCUCUUACAUGGCA